AUGUCCACCGCCGUCGCAGCCCCAGCAACCACGCUGCCGCCGUCCGUCGAACGCCAGAUCUCGCCGCGACACUUCAACGCCAUCGCUGCUUCCUCCUCCUCCUCCUCCUCCUCCUCCUCCUCCUCCUCCUCCUCCUCCAAAGCUGCGACCUCGGCACCACUGCCGCCCCCGACAUACUCCCACGAGCAGCCUGCGCAGAGACGUGCGAGGAGCAAUGGCUCUCCAGACGCUCGACCACAAUUAGAAAGGGCCAUCUCGAACUCGAAUGGCAAGAGCAGUCCGACUUCGUAUGUCUCGUCACCCACACAGACACGGCUAGGAACCAAACCCACAAGCUGACCAGUGCUCCACCAUAUAGACAACGAAAUGGCAUUCCGCCUCUGAUCAAGGUGAAGAAAGAGCCCGGCUCGCCUGCUCUCACGUCUUCACGGCCGCGGCCAAAGCGUCUCGACCUCUCCUCGAGCAUGUCCCAUAGCCGCGGUCCACAAACUGCACGACCCUCAGCACCAUUGACCUCGAGGGAAUCCGCGGGCCUGGCCAUUCAGGAAGUCGGACUUGCGUGUCUGUCCCCGGGCUUCGCGACCAACGAUCCAGGCAUGCGGGAGCAACUACAGCGAAGUCUCGACGUUCGAGACCAGCAAAGGCAAAUCAUUGAAGCCAGGCAGAAGGGCGUGAAGCCCGGCAGCGCAUACGAAAACUCCGAAGGCCCACGCACACAAGACAACACCCUCUUUGGCGUGCAGACGGGAAUCAGAACGCCAAGCACCUCCCGAAGAAAGGGCCCGCCUCCUGGACUCUCCAUCGCAGCCCCGUCCGCGGCUCACUUCGCAAACGAUAGAGUGAUACAGUCUGCCCCGCUACACCAGACCUUCACCGGACUCAGACAUGGGGAGUACCCGCACUCCCGCCAUACACAGCAUGGUCCGAGCGGGUUGAGCCAAACCAGCCACAUUCACCAUGUCCCCGCGACACAGACUAACAACCGACUGCCACCCAUCGCAGACGUGUUCGCGAAUGAUAGAUUAGACGCGCCGCGCCACCCAACAAACAACUCGCCCGGCCACUCUUCACAUUCCACUCAACAGCCACCGAUGCCGUCGCCCGGCUUCCCGCCACCACAGAGCCAGCAGCCCCCACAGAGUGCGCGGUCACGAGAGUUCCGCUCGGCGGAGGAAGCUGUACAGGGGCUUUCUGGUGGUCGAGACGAGCUAAUGCCAAAGCUCGUUCAUUACGGUGGCGUCCAGCCACCCACGCCUCCAUCACCGAUGCCCGGUGGCCAACAAUCAAAGCCCGGAGCACAUCAACAGCAACACACGCACGAGCAACGCCCAGACAUCCUAGCACGUACAACUUCCAUGGGCGGACGACGACGCACGCGGGAGGAAUACGAACGCGACAACGGCAGCCCUCCGUCGAGUUUCAAUCGAUCGGAGCCAAAGCGACCUACACUCGCCGUGCGAGGCGACGACCGGGAGGAAGACUGGAGAGCCAAUAUGAGCAGUGCCGAAAAGAAAGAAGAAUUCUUGCGACUUUGCGAGCGCGCCUGGGAUCUUUUCCAUUCGUAA